AUGAACGUCGUUCUUCCACCGAGAGCGCGUACGCUCUGGGGCCAUGCGCCCCGCGCACGAUCAAUCACUCGACGCCGACGCGCCUUCGCCACUGUAGCCAGCGACACUAGGCCCUACGAUGUCGUCGUUAUCGGCGGCGGCCACGCCGGAACCGAAGCCAGCGCCGCAGCCGCCCGCUCAGGCGCCCGAACCGCGCUCGUCACCCCCAAGCUCGAUAAUCUAGGCAUAUGUUCCUGCAAUCCCAGUUUCGGUGGUAUUGGGAAGGGCACCAUGCUGCGCGAGAUCGACGCCUUAGAUGGAGUGGUCGGGCGCAUCGUGGACAAGGCGGGUGUGCAGUUCAGGGUUCUGAAUAAAAAGAAGGGCUCUGCGGUCUGGGGUCCACGAGCGCAGAUUGAUCGUGCGCUGUACAAGAAGAAUAUGCGGGAGGAGAUGACGAGUUAUAAGAAACUAUCAGUUGUGGAGGGUAGUGUGGCGGAUAUUGUGGUGCAGAGGGAGGGGGCGCAGGAGGAGGGAAGACAUGGCAGGAUUACGGGAGUGAGGUUGGAGAAUGGGGAGAUCAUACCCACUAGCAAGGUCAUCAUCACGACUGGGACAUUUCUGGGCGGAGAGAUACAUAUCGGGCUGGAGGCGUACCCAUCUGGCCGCAUGGGAGAGGCCGCCACUUUCGGAUUGAGCAAGUCGCUGCGGACAGCAGGCUUCAAGCUGGGACGUUUGAAGACGGGUACUCCGCCGCGGCUAGAUCGAAAAACAAUCGAUUUCGAAGGAUUAGAAGUUCAGCCGGGCGACGAGCCGCCAAUGCCGUUCAGCUACUUAAACGACUCGGUAGACGUAAGGGAUCAGCUCUUGUGUCACAGCACCUAUACCAACCCAGCUACACACGAGAUCAUCAGAGCGAACCUUGACAAGAGCAUACAUAUCCGGGAAACCGUCAAAGGACCGAGGUACUGUCCAUCUCUGGAAUCCAAGAUCAUCCGAUUCAGUGACAAGACUGCGCAUAUCAUCUGGCUGGAGCCGGAAGGCUUCGACAACGACGUCAUCUACCCGAAUGGCAUAUCCAUGACCGUACCCGCAGAUGCGCAGGAGGCCAUGCUGAAGACUAUCAAAGGCCUUGAGAAUGUGAAGAUGCUGCAGCCCGGCUAUGGUGUGGAAUAUGACUACAUAGACCCGCGUGGUCUCCGCUCAACGUUGGAAACAAAAGCUAUCAGCGGCCUCUUCCUUGCAGGUCAGAUCAAUGGGACGACAGGCUACGAAGAAGCCGCGGCCCAGGGCGUGAUCGCUGGCAUUAAUGCUGGUCUAGCCGCCCAGGGCAAGGAGCCCAUGGCGUUAUCCCGCGCGGACGGCUAUAUCGGUAUCAUGAUCGAUGAUCUCAUCACUAAAGGUGUGAGUGAGCCGUAUCGGAUGUUCACCUCGCGCAGCGAGUACCGCAUGAGCGCACGAGCCGAUAAUGCUGACCUAAGACUUACGGCCAAGGGUAGAGAGGCUGGCGUCGUAGGCGACAAGCGCUGGUCUCGGUUCACCGACGAGAAGGGACAGAUGGACGAGCUCAUCAGGAUCUUGGCUGAGAAGAAGAUGAACUCUGCCAGCUGGCAGGGUGCAGGCUUCCAAGUGCGCGAAGAUAGCGUUCGCCGCAGCGCCUUUGAGGUGCUUCGCCUUUCCGGGGUCAACACAGCCAGCCUUCUUGAUAUAGUACCUGAGAUCAGUCGCUAUCCGCCUCGCAUCCGCGAUCGUGUCGAUAUCGAAGCAGUCUACGCACCCUAUGUUGAGCAGCAGAAAACCGCCAUGAGGGUUUUCUUAAAGGAUGAGAGCUUGCACCUGCCAGCUGAUCUAGACUACGCGAAGAUCCACGGGCUCAGCAUGGAAGAGAAGGCGUUGCUUGCUGCGACUAGACCGGAGAGCGUCGGUCAAGCAAGAAGGAUUGAAGGUAUGACGCCUCACGGCGCCCUUAGGUUACUAGCUUUCGUAAAAGGUGAGAGCCGAGCGAAGAGGAGGGAGCAAGUCUUCACAGAGGCUAUGGCGAGGAAGGAAGGUGCCAUGAGCGCUGCCACCGAACUUCUGUAA